AUGCCAGAAAUUACUACAACAGAAACAACACCAAAAUUCCUGACGCAAAAUAUAACAUCCACAACAACCCUUAUUACUUCGACGAGUCAAAUUUCUCCGGAAACAAAGGAGUCUACUUCUCAAAUUCCUCAAACAACACACAUUCACACACCAACGACUGAAAGCACAACACAAUUCACAGAUAUUCUUACAACAGAAACUACACCACCUCUCACCUCAACUACAGAACAGCCAUCUCUGUCUACUCGAGCCAAAGAUGUACCAACAACGCUCGUUGCUACAACAGUGCAUACAGCACCACAAACAACAAUUCCUUCAGCAACAACAGAACACACUACUACCAGUGAAAGACUAAUAACUGAUCAAACUACCACUCAAUAUACAACUGAGACGUCAACUACAAAGUUGCCAGAAAUUACAACAACAGAAACCACACCAGAAUUCCUUACGCAAAAUAUAACAUCCACAACAACCCAGAUUACUUCGACGAGUCAAAUUCCUCCGGAAACAGAGAAAUCUACUGCUCAAAUUCCUCAAACAACACACAUUCACACACCAACUGUUGAAAGCACAACACAAUUCACAGAUAUUCGAACAACAGAGACUACACCACCUCUCACCUCAGCUACAGAACAACCAUCUCUGUCUACUCGAGUCAAAGGUGACCCAACAACGCUCGUUGCUACAAAACUGCAGACAGCACCACAAACAACAAUUCCUUCAGCAACAACAGAACACACUACUACCAGUGAAAAAUUAAUAACUGAUCAAACUACCACACAAUAUACAACUGAGGCGUCAACUACAAAGUUGCCAGAAAUUACAACAACAGAAACCACACCAGAAUUCCUUACGCAAAAUAUAACAUCCACAACAACCAAGAUUACUUCGCCGAGUCAAAUUCCUCCGGAAACAAAGAAGUCUACUUCUCAAAUUCCUAAAACAACACACAUUCAUACACCAACGACUGAAAGCAAAACACAAUUCACAGAUAUUCAAACAACAGAGACUACACCACCUCUCACCUCAACUACAGAACAACCAUCUCUGUCUACUCGAGCCAAAGAUGUACCAACAACGCUCGUUGCUACAAAACUGCAUACAGCACCACAAACAACAAUUCCUUCAGCAACAACAGAAAGCACUACUACCAGUGAAAAACCAAUAACUGAUGAAACUACCACUCAAUAUACAACUGAGGCGUCAACUACAAAGUUGCCAGAAAUUACUACAACUGAAACCACACCAGAAUUCCUUACGCAAAAUAUAACAUCCACAACAACCAUGAUUACUUCGACGAGUCAAAUUUCUCCGGAAACAAAGGAAUCUACUUCUCAAAUUCCUCAAACAACACACAUUCACACACCAACUGUUGAAAGCACAACAGAAUUCACAGAUAUUCUAACAACAGAGACUACACCACCUCUCACCUCAACUACAGAACAACCAUCUCUGUCUGCUCGAGCCAAAGAUGAACCAACAACGAUCUUUGCUACAACACUGCAUACAGCACCACAAACAACAAUUCCUUCAGCAACAACAAAACACACUACUACCAGUGAAAAACUAAUAACUGAUCAAACUACCACUCAAUAUACAACUGAGGCGUCAACUGCAAAGUUGCCAGGAAUUACAACAACAGAAACCACACCAGAAUUCCUUACGCAAAAUAUAACAUCCACAACAACCCAGAUUACAUCGACGAGUCAAAUUCCUCGGGAAACAAAGAAAUCUACUUCUCAAAUUCCUCAAACAACACACAUUCACACACCAACUGUUGAAAGCACAACAGAAGUCACAGAUAUUCUAACAAAAGAGGCUACGCCACCUCUCACCUCAACUACAAAACAACCAUCUCUGUCUACUCGAGCCAAAGAUAUACCAACAACGCUCGUUGCUACAACCCCGCAUACAGCACCACAAACAACAAUUCCUUCAGCAACAACAGAACACACUACUACCAGUGAAAAGCUAAUAACUGAUCAAACUACCACUCAAUAUACAACUGUGGAAUCAACUACAAAGAUACCAGAAAUUACUACAACAGAAACAACACCAAAAUUCCUGACGCAAAAUAUAACAUCCACAACAACCCUGAUUACUUCGACGAGUCAAAUUUCUCCGGAAACAAAGGAAUCUACUUCUCAAAUUCCUCAAACAACACACAUUCACACACCAACGACUGAAAGCACAACAAAAUUCGCAGAUAUUCUUACAACAGAGACUACACCACCUCUCACCUCAACUACAGAACAACCAUCUCUGUCUACUCGAGCCAAAGAUGUACCAACAACGCUCGUUGCUACAACACUGCAUACAGCACCACAAACAACAAUUCCUUCAGCAACAACAGAACACACUACUACCAGUGAAAGACAAAUAACUGAUCAAACUACCACACAAUAUACAACUGAGGCGUCAACUACAAAGUUGCCAGAAAUUACAACAACAGAAACCACACCAGAAUUGCUUACAUAUUCAACAACAGAGACUACACCACCUCUCACCUCAACUACAGAACAACCAUCUCUGUCUACUCGAGCCAAAGAUGUACCAACAACGCUCGUUCCAACAACAGUGCAUACAGCACCACAAACAUCAAUUCCUUCAGCAACAACAGAACACACUACUACCGGUGAAAAACUAAUAACUGAUCAAACUACCACUCAAUAUACAACUGAGGCGUCAACUACAAAGUUGCCAGAAAUUACUACAACAGAAACCACACCAGAAUUGCUUACGCAAAAUGUAACAUCCACAACGACCCAGAUUACAUCGACGAGUCAAAUUCCUUCGGAAACAAAGACAUCUACUUCUCAAAUUCCUCAAACAACACACAUUCACACACCAACUGCUGAAAGCACAACAGAAGUCACAGAUAUUGUAACAACAGAGACUACACCACCUCUCACCUCAGCUACAGAACAACCAUCUCUGUCUACUCGAGUCAAAGAUUUCCCAACAACGCUCGUUGCUACAACCCCGCAUACAGCACCACAAACAACAAUUCCUUCAGCAACAACAGAGCACACUACUACCAAUGAAAAACUAAUAACUGAUCAAACUACCACACAAUAUACAAUUGAGGCGUCAACUACAAAGUUGCCAGAAAUUACUACAGGAACCACACCAGAAUUCCUUACGCAAAAUAUAACAUCCACAACAACCAAGAUUACUUCGAUGAGUCAAAUUCCUCCGGAAACAAAGAAGUCUACUUCUCAAAUUCCUAAAACAACACACAUUUAUACACCAACCGUUGAAAGCACAACAGAAUUCACAGAUAUUCAAACAACAGAGACUACACCACCUCUCACCUCAACUACAGAACAACCAUCUCUGUCUGCUCGAGCCAAAGAUGAACCAACAACGAUCUUUGCUACAACACUGCAUACAGCACCACAAACAACAAUUCCUUCAGCAACAACAAAACACACUACUACCAGUGAAAAACUAAUAACUGAUCAAACUACCACUCAAUAUACAACUAUGGCGUCAACUACAAAGUUGCCAGAAAUACUACAACAGAAACCACACCAGAAUUCCUUACAUAUUCUAACAACAGAGACUACACCACCUCUCACCUCAACUACAGAAGAACCAUCUCUGUCUGCUCGAGCCAAAGAUGAACCAACAACGAUCUUUGCUACAACACUGCAUACAGCACCACAAACAACAAUUCCUUCAGCAACAACAAAACACACUACUACCAGUGAAAGACUAAUAACUGAUCAAACUACCACUCAAUAUACAACUGAGGCGUCAACUACAAAGUUGCCAGGAAUUACAACAACAGAAACCACACCAGAAUUCCUUACGCAAAAUAUAACAUCCACAACAACCCAGAUUACUUCGACAAGUCGAAUUCCUCCGGACACAAAGAAAUCUACUUCUCAAAUUCCUCAAACAACACACAUUCACACACCAACUGUUGAAAGCAAAACAGAAGUCACAGAUAUUCUAACAAAAGAGGCUACACCACCUCUCACCUCAACUGCAAAACAACCAUCUCUGUCUACUCGAGCCAAAGAUGUACCAACAACGCUCGUUGCUACAACCCCGCAUACAGCACCACAAAAAACAAUUCCUUCAGCAACAACAGAACACACUACUACCAGUGAAAAGCUAAUAACUGAUCAAACUACCACUCAAUAUACAACUGAGGAAUCAACUACAAAGAUGCCAGAAAUUACUACAACAGAAACAACACCAAAAUUCCUUACGCAAAAUAUAACAUCCACAACAACCAUGAUUACUUCGACGAGUCAAAUUUCUCCGGAAACAAAGGAAUCUACUUCUCAAAUUCCUCAAACAACACACAUUCACACACCAACGACUGAAAGCACAACACAAUUCACAGAUAUUCUUACAACAGAGACUACACCACCUCUCACCUCAACUACAGAACAACCAUCUCUGUCUACUCGAGUCAAAGAUUACUUCGACGAGUCAAAUUCCUCCGGAAACAAAGAAUCUACUUCUCAAAUUCCUAAAACAACACACAUUCAUACACCAACUGUUGAAAGCACAACACAAUUCACAGAUAUUCUAACAACAGAGACUACACCACCUCUCACCUCAACUACAGAACAACCAUCUCUGUCUACUCGAGCCAAAGAUGUACCAACAACGCUCGUUCCAACAACAGUGCAUACAGCACCACAAACAACAAUUCCUUCAGCAACAACAGAACACACUACUACCAGUGAAAAACUAAUAAUUGAUCAAACUACCACUCAAUAUACAACUGAGGCGUCAACUACAAAGUUGCCAGAAAUUACAACAACAGAAACCACACCAGAAUUCCUUACGCAAAAUAUAACAUCCACAACAACCCAGAUUACAUCGACGAGUCAAAUUCCUCGGGAAACAAAGAAAUCUACUUCUCAAAUUCCUCAAACAACACACAUUCACACACCAACUGUUGAAAGCACAACAGAAGUCACAGAUAUUCUAACAAAAGAGGCUACGCCACCUCUCACCUCAACUACAAAACAACCAUCUCUGUCUACUCGAGCCAAAGAUAUACCAACAACGCUCGUUGCUCCAACCCCGCAUACAGCACCACAAAAAACAAUUCCUUCAGCAACAACAGAACACACUACUACCAGUGAAAAGCUAAUAACUGAUCAAACUACCACUCAAUAUACAACUGUGGAAUCAACUACAAAGAUGCCAGAAAUUACAACAGAAACAACACCAAAAUUCCUUACGCAAAAUAUAACAUCCACAACAACCCUGAUUACUUCGACGAGUCAAAUUUCUCCGGAGACAAAGGAAUCUACUUCUCAAAUUCCUCAAACAACACACAUUCACACACCAACGACUGAAAGCACAACAAAAUUCGCAGAUAUUCUUACAACAGAGACUACACCACCUCUCACCUCAACUACAGAACAACCAUCUCUGUCUACUCGAGCCAAAGAUGUACCAACAACGCUCGUUCCAACAACAGUGCAUACAGCACCACAAACAACAAUUCCUUCAGCAACAACAGAACACACUACUACCAGUGAAAGACUAAUAACUGAUCAAACUACCGCACAAUAUACAACUAAGGCGUCAACUACAAAGUUGCCAGAAAUUACAACAACAGAAACCACACCAGAAUUGCUUACGCAAAAUAUAACAUCCACAACAACCCAGAUUACUUCGACGAGUCAAAUUCCUCCGGAAACAAAGAAAUCUACUGCUCAAAUUCCUCAAACAACACACAUUCACACACCAACUGUUGACAGCACAACACAAUUCACAGAUAUUCGAACAACAGAGACUACACCACCUCUCACCUCAGCUACAGAACAACCAUCUCUGUCUACUCGAGUCAAAGGUGACCCAACAACGCUCGUUGCGACAAAACUGCAGACAGCACCACAAACAACAAUUCCUUCAGCAACAACAGAACACACUACUACCAGUGAAAAAUUAAUAACUGAUCAAACUACCACUCAAUAUACAACUAAGACGUCAACUACAAAGUUGCCAGAAAUUACUACAACUGAAACCACACCAGAAUUCCUUACGCAAAAUAUAACAUCCACAAUGACCCAGAUUACUUCGGCGAGUAAAAUGCCUCCUGAAACAAAGAAAUCUACUUCUCAAAUUUCUCAAACGACACACAUUCACACACCAACUGUUGAAAGCACAACACAAUUCACAGAUAUUCUAACAACAGAGACUACACCACCUCUCACCUCAACUACAGAACAACCAUCUCUGUCUACUCGAGCCAAAGAUGUACCAACAACGCUCGUUCCAACAACAGUGCAUACAGCACCACAAACAACAAUUCCUUCAGGAACAACAGAACACACUACUACCAGUGAAAGACUAAUAACUGAUCAAACUACCACUCAAUAUACAACUGAGGCGUCAACUACAAAGUUGCCAGGAAUUACAACAACAGAAACCACACCAGAAUUCCUUACGCAAAAUAUAACAUCCACAACAACCCAGAUUACUUCGACAAGUCGAAUUCCUCCGGAAACAAAGAAAUCUACUUCUCAAAUUCCUCAAACAACACACAUUCACACACCAACUGUUGAAAGCACAACAGAAGUCACAGAUAUUCUAACAAAAGAGGCUACACCACCUCUCACCUCAACUGCAAAACAACCAUCUCUGUCUACUCGAGCCAAAGAUGUACCAACAACGCUCGUUGCUACAACACUGCAUACAGCACCACAAGCAACAAUUCCUUCAGCAACAACAGAACACACUACUACCAGUGAAAAGCUAAUAACUGAUCAAACUACCACUCAAUAUACAACUGAGGAAUCAACUACAAAGAUGCCAGAAAUUACUACAACAGAAACAAUACCAAAAUUCCUUACGCAAAAUAUAACAUCCACAACAACCCUGAUUACUUCGACGAGUCAAAUUUCUCCGGAAACAAAGGAGUCUACUUCUCAAAUUCCUCAAACAACACACAUUCACACACCAACGACUGAAAGCACAACACAAUUCACAGAUAUUCUUACAACAGAAACUACACCACCUCUCACCUCAACUACAGAACAACCAUCUCUGUCUACUCGAGCCAAAGAUGUACCAACAACGCUCGUUGCUACAACAGUGCAUACAGCACCACAAACAACAAUUCCUUCAGCAACAACAGAACACACUACUACCAGUGAAAGACUAAUAACUGAUCAAACUACCACUCAAUAUACAACUGAGACGUCAACUACAAAGUUGCCAGAAAUUACAACAACAGAAACCACACCAGAAUUCCUUACGCAAAAUAUAACAUCCACAACAACCCAGAUUACUUCGACGAGUCAAAUUCCUCCGGAAACAGAGAAAUCUACUGCUCAAAUUCCUCAAACAACACACAUUCACACACCAACUGUUGAAAGCACAACACAAUUCACAGAUAUUCAACAACAGAGACACACCACCUCUCACCUCAGCUACAGAACAACCAUCUCUGUCUACUCGAGUCAAAGGAAUCUACUUCUCAAAUUCCUCAAACAACACACAUUCACACACCAACGACUGAAAGCACAACACAAUUCACAGAUAUUCUUACAACAGAGACUACACCACCUCUCACCUCAACUACAAAACAACCAUCUCUGUCUACUCGAGUCAAAGGAUGUCCCAACAACGCUCGUUGCUACAAAACUGCAGACAGCACCACAAACAACAAUUCCUUCAGCAACAACAGAACACACUACUACCAGUGAAAAAAUUAAAACUGAUCAAACUACACACCAAUAUACACCUGAGGCGUCAACUACAAAGUUGCCAGAAAUUAUAACAACAGCAACCACACCAGAAAUCCUGACACAAAAUAUAACAUCCACAACAACCAAGAUUACUUCGACGAGUCAAAUUCCUCCGGAAACAAAGAAGUCUACUUCUCAAAUUCCUAAAACAACACACAUUCAUACACCAACUGUUGAAAGCACAACAGAAUUCACAGAUAUUCAAACAACAGAGACUACACCACCUCUCACCUCAACUACAGAACAACCAUCUCUGUCUACUCGAGCCAAAGAUGAACCAACAACGAUCGUUGCUACAACACUGUAUACAGCACCACAAACAACAAUUCCUUCAGCAACAACAGAACACACUACUACCAGUGAAAAACUAAUUACUGAUCAAACUACAACUCAAUAUACAACUAAGGCGUCAACUACAAAGUUGCCAGAAAUUACUACAACUGAAACCACACCAGAAUUCCUUACGCAAAAUAUAACAUCCACAAUGACCCAGAUUACUUCGACGAGUAAAAUUCCUCCUGAAACAAAGAAAUCUACUUCUAAAAUUCCUCAAACAACACACAUUCACACACCAACUGUUGAAAGCACAACACAAUUCACAGAUAUUCUAACAACAGAGACUACACCACCUCUCACCUCAACUACAGAACAACCAUCUCUGUCUACUCGAGCCAAAGAUGUACCAACAACGCUCGUUCCAACAACAGUGCAUACACCACCACAAACAACAAUUCCUUCAGCAACAACAGAACACACUACUACCAGUGAAAAACUAAUAAUUGAUCAAACUACCACUCAAUAUACAACUAAGGCGUCAACUACAAAGUUGCCAGAAAUUACAACAACAGAAACCACACCAGAAUUCCUUACGCAAAAUAUAACAUCCACAACAACCCAGAUUACAUCGACGAGUCAAAUUCCUCGGGAAACAAAGAAAUCUACUUCUCAAAUUCCUCAAACAACACACAUUCACACACCAACUGCUGAAAGCACAACAGAGGUCACAGAUAUUGUAACAACAGAGACUACACCACCUCUCACCUCAGCUACAGAACAACCAUCUCUGUCUACUCGAGUCAAAGAUUUCCCAACAACGCUCGUUGCUACAACCCCGCAUACAGCACCACAAACAACAAUUCCUUCAGCAACAACAGAGCACACUACUACCAGUGAAAAACUAAUAACUGAUCAAACUACCACACAAUAUACCAUUGAGGCGUCAACUACAAAGUUGCCAGAAAUUACUACAGGAACCACAACAGAAUUCCUUACGCAAAAUAUAACAUCCACAACAACCAAGAUUACUUCGAUGAGUCAAAUUCCUCCGGAAACAAAGAAGUCUACUUCUCAAAUUCCUAAAACAACACACAUUUAUACACCAACUGUUGAAAGCACAACAGAAUUCACAGAUAUUCAAACAACAGAGACUACACCACCUCUCACCUCAACUACAGAACAACCAUCUCUGUCUGCUCGAGCCAAAGAUGAACCAACAACGAUCUUUGCUACAACACUGCAUACAGCACCACAAACAACAAUUCCUUCAGCAACAACAAAACACACUACUACCAGUGAAAAACUAAUAACUGAUCAAACUACCACUCAAUAUACAACUAAGGCGUCAACUACAAAGUUGCCAGAAAUUACUACAACUGAAACCACACCAGAAUUCCUUACGCAAAAUAUAACAUCCACAAUGACCCAGAUUACUUCGACGAGUAAAAUUCCUCCUGAAACAAAGAAAUCUACUUCUCAAAUUUCUCAAACAACACACAUUCACACACCAACUGUUGAAAGCACAACAGAAUUCACAGAUAUUCUAACAACAGAGACUACACCACCUCUCACCUCAACUACAGAACAACCAUCUCUGUCUGCUCGAGCCAAAGAUGAACCAACAACGAUCUUUGCUACAACACUGCAUACAGCACCACAAACAACAAUUCCUUCAGCAACAACAAAACACACUACUACCAGUGAAAAGCUAAUAACUGAUCAAACUACCACUCAAUAUACAACUGAGGAAUCAACUACAAAGAUGCCAGAAAUUACUACAACAGAAACAACAGCAAAAUUCCUUACGCAAAAUAUAACAUCCACAACAACCAUGAUUACUUCGACGAGUCAAAUUUCUCCGGAAACAAAGGAAUCUACUUCUCAAAUUCCUCAAACAACACACAUUCACACACCAACGACUGAAAGCACAACACAAUUCACAGAUAUUCUUACAACAGAGACUACACCACCUCUCACCUCAACUACAGAAAAACCAUCUCUGUCUACUCGAGUCAAAGGUGUCCCAACAACGCUCGUUGCUACAAAACUGCAGACAGCACCACAAACAGCAAUUCCUUCAGCAACAACAGAACACACUACUACCAGUGAAAAAUUAAUAACUGAUCAAACUACCACACAAUAUACACCUGAGGCGUCAACUACAAAGUUGCCAGAAAUUAUAACAACAGCAACCACACCAGAAAUCCUUACGCAAAAUAUAACAUCCACAACAACCAAGAUUACUUCGACGAGUCAAAUUCCUCCGGAAACAAAGAAGUCUACUUCUCAAAUUCCUAAAACAACACACAUUCAUACACCAACUGUUGAAAGCACAACACAAUUCACAGAUAUUCUAACAACAGAGACUACACCACCUCUCACCUCAACUACAGAACAACCAUCUCUGUCUACUCGAGCCAAAGAUGUACCAACAACGCUCGUUCCAACAACAGUGCAUACAGCACCACAAACAACAAUUCCUUCAGCAACAACAGAACACACUACUACCAGUGAAAAGCUAAUAACUGAUCAAACUACCACUCAAUAUACAACUGUGGAAUCAACUACAAAGAUGCCAGAAAUUACUACAACAGAAGCAACACCAAAAUUCCUUACGCAAAAUAUAACAUCCACAACAACCCUGAUUACUUCGACGAGUCAAAUUUCUCCGGAGACAAAGAAAUCUACUUCUCAAAUUCCUCAAACAACACACAUUCACACACCAACGACUGAAAGCACAACAAAAUUCGCAGAUAUUCUUACAACAGAGACUACACCACCUCUCACCUCAACUACAGAACAACCAUCUCUGUCUACUCGAGCCAAAGAUGUACCAACAACGCUCGUUGCUACAACACUGCAUACAGCACCACAAACAACAAUUCCUUCAGCAACAACAGAACACACUACUACCAGUGAAAGACUAAUAACUGAUCAAACUACCACACAAUAUACAACUAAGGCGUCAACUACAAAGUUGCCAGAAAUUACAACAACAGAAACCACACCAGAAUUCCUUACGCAAAAUAUAACAUCCACAACAACCAAGAUUACUUCGACGAGUCAAAUUCCUCCGGAAACAAAGAAGUCUACUUCUCAAAUUCCUAAAACAACACACAUUCAUACACCAACGACUGAAAGCACAACACAAUUCACAGAUAUUCAAACAACAGAGACUACACCACCUCUCACCUCAACUACAGAACAACCAUCUCUGUCUACUCGAGCCAAAGAUGUACCAACAACGCUCGUUCCAACAACAGUGCAUACAGCACCACAAACAUCAAUUCCUUCAGCAACAACAGAACACACUACUACCGGUGAAAAACUAAUAACUGAUCAAACUACCACUCAAUAUACAACUGAGGCGUCAACUACAAAGUUGCCAGAAAUUACUACAACAGAAACCACACCAGAAUUGCUUACGCAAAAUGUAACAUCCACAACGACCCAGAUUACAUCGACGAGUCAAAUUCCUUCGGAAACAAAGACAUCUACUUCUCAAAUUCCUCAAACAACACACAUUCACACACCAACUUCUGAAAGCACAACAGAAGUCACAGAUAUUGUAACAACAGAGACUACACCACCUCUCACCUCAACUACAGAACAACCAUCUCUGUCUAUUCGAGCCAAAGAUGAACCAACAACGAUCGCGUCAACUACACAGUUGCCAGAAAUUACUACAACAGAAACCACACCAGACUUCCUUACGCAAAAUAUAACAUCCACAACAACCCAGAUUACUUCGACGAGUCAAAUUCCUCCGGAAACAAAGAAAUCUACUCCCCAAAUUCCUCAAACAACACACAUUCACACACCAACUGUUGAAAGCACAACACAAUUCACACAUAUUCUAACAACAGAGACUACACCAGCUCUCAUCUCAGCUACAGAACAACCAUCUCUGUCUACUCGAGUCACAGAUGUCCCAACAACGCUCGUUGCUACAAAACUGCAUACAGCACCACAAACAACAAUUCAAUCAGCAACAACAGAACAUACUACUACCAGGGAAAAGCUAAUAACUGAUCAAACUACCACUCAAUAUACAACUGAGGCGUCAACAACAAAGAUGCCACAAAAUACUACAACAGAAACCACACCAGAAUUCCUUACGCAAAAUAUAACAUCCACAACAACCCUGAUUACUUCGACGAGUCAAAUUCCUCCGGAAACAAAGGAAUCUACUUCUCAAAUUCCUGAAACAACACACGUUCACACACCAACUGUUGAAAGCAUAACACAAUUCACAGAUAUUCUAACAACAGAGACUGCACCACCUCUCACCUCAACUACAAAACAACCAUCUUUGUCUACUCGAGCCAAAGAUGUACCAACAACGCCCGUUGCUACAACACUGCACACAGCACCACAAACAACAAUUGAAUCAGCAACAACAGAACAUACUACUACCAGGGAAAAGCUAAUAACUGAUCAAACUACCACUCAAUAUACAACUCAGGCGUCAACUACAAAGGUGCCAGAAAUUACUACAACAGAAACCACACCAGAAUUCCUUACGCAAAAUAUAACAUCCAAAAAAACCCAGAUUACUUCGACGAGUCAAAUUCCUCCGGAAAAAGAGGAGUCUACUUCUCAAAUUCCUCAAACAACACACAUUCACACACCAACUGUUGAAAGCAUAACACAAUUCACAGAUAUCCUAACAACAGAGACUACACCACCUCUCACCUCAACUACAGAACAAUCAUCUCUAUCUACUCGAGCCAAAGAUGUACCAACAACGCUUACAUCGCUGCAUACAGCACCACAAACAACAAUUCCUUCAGCAACAACAGAAAGCACUACUACCAGUGAAAAACAAAUAACUGAUCAAACUACCACACAAUAUACAACUAAGGCUUCAACGGAAAAGACUCAGGAAAUUACUACACGAGCAACUACAACAGCAUUGUUUACAACACCUCUGACAGACUCAACAACACAGAUUACUUCUACAACCAAAGAUGGAGAAACAUCUAUUCCAAUCACACCUGCUGCUAGCAAAAUUCUAACACUAUCUCAAACGACAAUUCCCUCAUCACCAACAGUACACAUGUCUACCACUGAAAAACCACUAACUGAUCCAACUAGCACUGAAUAUAUAUCUGAGGUGUCAACUGAAAAGACUCUUGAAAUUGCUACACCAGCCAGCACACCAGAAUUGUUUACAGAACCUAUCACAGACACAACGAUACAGAUUACUUCAAAGAGUCAAAUUCCAACAGAAACUGAUAAAUCUACUUCUCAACUUCCCAAACAACACACAUUGAUACAUCCACUCCAGAAAGCACAACUUUAUAUGGUGAUAUCCUUACUCAGCCUUCGACUCAGGGAGGAGUUACACCUGAAGAAAGAACUUCUGCAUCAACAAGUGCAUCUAGUUUACCUGAAGACAUUUUCUUUGAACACAACACGCCUUUCAUCUACUACAAAUUUAGCAUCAUUAUUGCAUUCAACGCUUAGUGAAGGUAUUUCUAUUUUUAAUGGCAGUAGCUUUGUGCAUCCAACUUUCUUAUCUACAAAGACAAAAUUUCCUGAUUCACUGUCUACUACAACCUCUUCUCCAUUUGUCUCUUCUUUACAGACGUCUUCUAUUUCUAUUGCUACAACAGUGCAUACAGCACUACAAACAACAAUUCCUUCAGCAACAACAGAACACACUACUACCAGUGAAAAACUAAUAACUGAUCAAACUACCACUCAAUAUACAACCGAGGCGUCAACUACAAAGAAACCAGAAAUUACUACAACGGCAACCUCACCAGAAUUCCUUACGCAAAAUAUAACAUCCACAACGACCCAGAUUACUUCGACGAGUCAAAUUCCUCCGGAAACAAAGAAAUCUACUUCUCAAAUUCCUCAAACAACACACAUUCACACACCAACUGUUGAAAGCACAACACAAUUCACGGAUAUUCUAACGACAGAGACUACACCACUAUCAACUACAGAACAACCAUCUCUGUCUACUCGAGCCAAAGAUGUACCAACAACGCUCGUUGCUGCAACACUGCAUACAGCACCACAAACAACGAUUCCUUCAGCAACAACAGAACACACUACUACCAGUGAAAAGCUAAUAACUGAUCAAAUUACCACUCAAUAUACAACUGAGGCGUCAACUACAAAGUUGCCAGAAAUUACUACAACAGAAACCACACCAGAAUUCCUUACACAAAAUAUAACAUCCACAACAACCCUGAUUACUUCGACGAGUCAAAUUCCUCCGGAAACAAAGGAGUCUUCCUCUCAAAUUCCUCAAACAACACACAUUCACAAACCAACUUUUGGAAGCACAACAAAAUUCACAGAUAUUCUAACAACGGAGACUACACCACCUCUCACCUCAACUACAGAACAACCAUCUCUGUCUACUCGAGCAAAAGAUGUACCAACAACGCACGUUGCUACAACACUGCAUACAGCACCACAAACAACAAUUCCUUCAGCAACAACAGAACACACUACUACCAGUCAAAAACUAAUAACUGAUCAAACUACCACUCAAUAUACAACUGAGGCGUCAACUACAAAGUUGCCAGAAAUUACUACAACAGAAACCACACCAGAAUUCCUUACACAAAAUAUAACAUCCACAACAACCAAGAUUACUUCGACGAGUCAAAUUCCUCCGGAAACAAAGGAGUCUACUUCUCAAAUUCCUCAAACAACACACAUUCACACACCAACUGUUGAAAGCACAACACAAUUCACAGAUAUUCUAACAACAGAGACUACACCACCUCUCACCUCAACUACAGAACAACCAUCUCUAUCUACUCGAGCCCAAGAUUUACCAACAACGCUCGUUGCUACAACACUGUAUACAGCACCACAAACAAUUCCUUCAGCAACAACAGAACACACUACUACCAGUGAAAAACCAAUAACUGAUGAAACUACCACUCAAUAUACAACUGAGGCGUCAACUACAAAGGUGCCAGUAAUUACUACAACAGAAACCACACCAGAAUUCCUUAUGCAAAAUAUAACAUCCACAACAACCCUGAUUACUUCGACGAGUCAAAUUCCUCCGGAAACAAAGGAAUCUACUUCUCAAAUUCCUCAAACAACACACAUUCACACGCCAACUGUUGAAAGCACAACAGAAUUCACAGAUAUUCUAACAACAGAGACUACACCACCUCUCACCUCAACUACAGAACAACCAUCUCUGUCUACUCGAGCCAAAGACGUACCAACAACGCUCGUUGCUACAAAACUGCAUACAGCACCACAAACAACAAUUCCUUCAGCAACAACAGAACACACUACUACCAGUGAAAAACCAAUAACUGAUCAAACUACCACUCAAUAUACAACGAGGCAUUACUUCGACGAGUCAAAUUCCUCCGGAAACAAGAAAUCUACUUCUCAAAUUCCUCAAACAACACACAUUCACACACCAACUGUUGAAAGCACAACACAAUUCACAGAUAUUCUAACAACAGAGACUACACCACCUCUCACCUCAACUACAGAACAACCAUCUCUGUCUACUCGAGCCAAAGACGUACCAACAACGCUCGUUGCUACAAAACUGCAUACAGCACCACAAACAACAAUUCCUUCAGCAACAACAGAACACACUACUACCAGUGAAAAACCAAUAACUGAUCAAACUACCACUCAAUAUACAACCGAGGCGUCAACUACAAAGAAACCAGAAAUUACUACAACGGCAACCUCACCAGAAUUCCUUACGCAAAAUAUAACAUCCACAACGACCCAGAUUACUUCGACGAGUCAAAUUCCUCCGGAAACAAAGAAAUCUACUUCUCAAAUUCCUCAAACACACACAUUCACACACCAACUGUUGAAAGCACAACACAAUUCACACAGAUAUUCUAACGACAGAGACUACACCACUAUCAACUACAGAACAAACAACCAUCUCUGUCUACUCGAGCCAAAGAUGUACCAACAACGCUCGUUGCUGCAACACUGCAUACAGCACCACAAACAACGAUUCCUUCAGCAACAACAACACACUACUACCAGUGAAAAGCUAAUAACUGAUCAAAUUACCACUCAAUAUACAACUGAGGCGUCAACUACAAAGUUGCCAGAAAUUACAACAGAAACCACACCAGAAUUCCUUACACAAAAUAUAACAUCCACAACAACCCUGAUUACUUCGACGAAUAUUCUAACAACGGAGACUACACCACCUCUCACCUCAACUACAGAACAACCAUCUCUGUCUACUCGAGCAAAAGAAUGUACCAACAACGCACGUUGCUACAACACUGCAUACAGCACCACAAACAACAAUUCUUCAGCAACAACAGAACACACUACUACCAGUGAAAAACUAAUAACUGAUCAAACUACCACUCAAUAUACAACUGAGGCGUCAACUACAAAGUUGCCAGAAAUUACUACAACAGAAACCACACCAGAAUUCCUUACACAAAAUAUAACAUCCACAACAACCCUGAUUACUUCGACGAGUCAAAUUCCUCCGGAAACAAAGGAGUCUACUUCUCAAAUUCCUCAAACAACACACAUUCACACACCAACUGUUGAAAGCACAACACAAUUCACAGAUAUUCUAACAACAGAGACUACACCACCUCUCACCUCAACUACAGAACAACCAUCUCUAUCUACUCGAGCCCAAGAUGUACCAACUACGCUCGUUGCUACAACGCUGUAUACAGCACCACAAACAAUUCCUUCAGCAACAACAGAACACACUACUACCAGUGAAAAACCAAUAACUGAUGAAACUACCACUCAAUAUACAACUGAGGCGUCAACUACAAAGGUGCCAGUAAUUACUACAACAGAAACCACACCAGAAUUCCUUAUGCAAAAUAUAACAUCCACAACAACCCUGAUUACUUCGACGAGUCAAAUUCCUCCGGAAACAAAGGAAUCUACUUCUCAAAUUCCUCAAACAACACACAUUCACACGCCAACUGUUGAAAGCACAACACAAUUCACAGAUAUUCUAACAACAGAGACUACACCACCUCUCACCUCAACUACAGAACAACCAUCUCUGUCUACUCGAGCCAAAGACGUACCAACAACGCUCGUUGCUACAAAACUGCAUACAGCACCACAAACAACAAUUCCUUCAGCAACAACAGAACACACUACUACCAGUGAAAAACCAAUAACUGAUCAAACAACCACUCAAUAUACAACUGAGGCAUCAACUACAAAGUUGCCAGAAAUUACUACAACAGAAACCACACCAGAAUUCCUUAUGCAAAAUAUAACAUCCACAACAACCCUGAUUACUUCGACGAGUCAAAUUCCUCCGGAAACAAAGGAGUCUACUUCUCAAAUUCCUCAAACAACACACAUUCACACGCCAACUGUUGAAAGCACAACACAAUUCACAGAUAUUCUUACAACAGAGACUACACCACCUCUCACCUCAACUACAGAACAACCAUCUCUAUCUACUCGUGCCAAAGAUGUACCAACAACGCUCGUUGCUACAACGCUGCAUACAGCACCACAAACAACAAUUCCUUCAGCAACAACAGAAAGCACUACUACCAGUGAAAAACCAAUAACUGAUCAAACUAGCACUCAAUAUACAACUGGGCGUCAAAUUACUUCGACGAGUCAAAUUCCUCCGGAAAUGAAGGAAUCUACUUCUCAAAUUCCUCAAACAACACACAUUCACACACCAACUGUUGAAAGCACAACACAAUUCACAGAUAUUCAAACAACAGAGACUAUACCACCUCUCAUCUCAACUACAGAACAACCAUCUCUGUCUACUCGAGCCAAAGAUGUAUCAACAACGCUCGUUGCUACAACACUGCAUACAGCACCACAAACAACAAUUCCUUCAGUAACAACAGAACAUAGUACUACCAGUGAAAAACUAAUAACUGAUCAAACUACCACUCAACAUACAACUGAGGCGUCAACUACAAAGUUGCCAGAAAUUACUACAACAGAAACCACACCAGGAUUCCUUACGCAAAAUAUAACAUCCACAACAACCCAGAUUACUUCGACGAGUCAAAUUCCUCCGGAAACAAAGGAGUCUACUUCUCAAAUUCCUCAAACAACACACAUUCACACACCAACUUUUGAAAGCACAACACAAUUCACAGAUAUUCUAACAACAGAGACUACACCACCUCUCACCUCAACUACAGAACAACCAUCUCUAUCUACUCGAGCCAAAGAUGUAACAACAACGCUCGUUGCUACAACGCUGCAUACAGCACCACAAACAACAAUUCCUUCAGCAACAACAGAAAGCACUACUACCAGUGAAAAACCAAUAACUGAUGAAACUACCACUCAAUAUACAACUGAGGCGUCAACUACAAAGUUGCCAGAAAUUACUACAACAGAAACCACACCAGAAUUCCUUACGCAAAAUAUAACAUCCACAACAACCCUGAUUACUUCGACGAGUCAAAUUCCUCCAGAAACAAAGGAGUCUACUUCUCAAAUUCCUCAAACAACACACAUUCACACACCAACUGUUGAAAGCAUAACACAAUUCACAGAUAUCCUAACAACAGAGACUACACCACCUCUCACCUCAACUACAGAACAACCAUCUCUAUCUACUCGAGCCAAAGAUGUACCAACAACGCUCGUUGCUACAACGCUGCAUACAGCACCACAAACAACAAUUCCUUCAGCGACAACAGAAAGCACUACUACCAGUGAAAAACCAAUAACUGAUGAAACUAGCACUCAAUAUACAACUAAGGCUUCAACGGAAAAGACUCAGGAAAUUACUACACGAGCAACUACAACAGCAUUGUUUACAACACCUCUGACAGACUCAACAACACAGAUUACUUCUACAAGUCAAAUUCAGAUAGAAACUGAGGCAUCUGCUUCCCAACUUUCUCAAACAACACAGAUUCACACAUCUACUGUUGAAAGCACAACAAAACUCACUACAACUACGGAACAAUCAACUCUCUUUACUCAAGCCAAAGAUGGAGAAACAUCUAUUCCAAUCACACCUGCUGCUAGCAAAAUUCUAACACUAUCUCAAACGACAAUUCCCUCAUCACCAACAGUACACAUGUCUACCACUGAAAAACCACUAACUGAUCCAACUAGCACUGAAUAUAUAUCUGAGGUGUCAACUGAAAAGACUCUUGAAAUUGCUACACCAGCCAGCACACCAGAAUUGUUUACAGAACCUAUCACAGACACAACGAUACAGAUUACUUCAAAGAGUCAAAUUCCAACAGAAACUGAUAAAUCUACUUCUCAACUUCCCCAAACAACACACAUUGAUACAUCCACUCCAGAAAGCACAACUUUAUAUGGUGAUAUCCUUACUCAGCCUUCGACUCAGGGAGGAGUUACACCUGAAGAAAGAACUUCUGCAUCAACAAGUGCAUCUAGUUUACCUGAAGACAUUUUCACUUUGAACACAACACGCCUUUCAUCUACUACAAAUUUAGCAUCAUUAUUGCAUUCAACGCUUAGUGAAGGUAUUUCUAUUUUUAAUGGCAGUAGCUUUGUGCAUCCAACUUUCUUAUCUACAAAGACAAAAUUUCCUGAUUCACUGUCUACUACAACCUCUUCUCCAUUUGUCUCUUCUUUACAGACGUCUUCUAUUUCUACACUGAGAUCAUUGAUUUCUAAAUUUCAUAAUUUCUCUACUCUGUCUCCUCCUAAUGCAACCAAUAUGUCAGAAUCUUCAACUUCAUCUCUCCUUUCUACUUCACAUUUUGUUACAAAUAAUGAAACAUAUAUUUCUGAAGAAACCAAUUCAACUUUGCCAACUCACUCUAAAUCAAUUGCCCAAAAUUUUUCAUAUUCACCAACCUCUCUUGAAAGAACAAAACCAACAAUAUUAACUGUCAUAACUAGGAAAGUUAAACAACCAGAUUUUUCUCCGAUGUCAACUACAAAUACCUCCAAUCAAAGUUCAACACUGACUGUCCUGAAAACAUUUCAUCCUUCAACUUCUAUGAAAAUUACUAAUGAAUCUGAACUUUAUAUUACUAAACAGCCUACUCAUGGUAUUCUUGUAACUAAUACAACAAGAACAAAAGAUAAGUCUUACACGAUGAUAACAGCUCGCACCAGUGCAAAAGCCAACAAACGAUUACCUGUCACAAAGAUACUCAAUGCAACAGACUUUGAUGAGAAAAUAUAUAGCACUCCUAGUAGCCCUCUCCAAACAAAACCAAAUGCAAGUAGUACAAUGCUGGUGAUUUCAAGAAGUAUCCAGCAACAUCUGUCAACACCAAUAAAAACUCAUUCAACUGGAAAGACUGUUUUGCCUUCUCCAAGCAGUUCAUCAAGUACAAAUACUUCUAUGAUAAUAAUAUCCCGGAGAACUAAACCAGUUACUUCAAUAAUUCCUCCAACAAUAACAACAACAAUGCUGAAUAUAUCCACAAUUUUAGCAACUACUGUAUCACCAAUGAAAGGUUCAAUAAUUUUUGGAUUUGACCUACUAUCACUAGGCACACGCCGAGCCUCAUUUAUUCACAAAUUCAUCAAUGCCUUCAUGCCAUAUUCUGGUUACAGUCAUUAUAGUAUUGUUUCAUGGAGUAAAAGGCCCUUGCACGUAAAUUUCCCACUAUCCAAACAUGAUUCUGAUCGGAGAGAGCCACACAUACCAGACUUGGCAGAUAUAGUGGAUAAAAUCAAGAACGACCUAUCUUCUACUUCUGUACAAGAACAUAACUUGGGUAAUGGAGAUAUACCACCAGUCGUUGUACUGUUUGUUGACCCUCUCGAGACAAGUCUUACAAUGCCUUUAAUCAAAGCAGUUAGGCAAUUGAAAAAAUCUCGUGCAAGAGUAUUUUUAUUAAAUAUUGGAAUCAGCAAAUGGCCAAAACAAGGAACUCUAGAAUUGCUUAGUAGCGAACCAAGUCAGUUGCAUAUUGUCCAUGCUCCAUCCUAUCGGCAACUACUAAACAGGGCUUUGAACACUCCCUACCAGUUCCGAUUGCUGUCAAAUCAAUAUAAACCCAUUACAUUCAAAAAGACUAAUGCUCCUGCAUAUUAAAAAAAUUUCUAACAAAAGAAUAUAGACUCAAACAUUUGGCUAAUUGUCAGAUUUCAAAUUUAAAAAAGCAUUGGUAAUUCAAUGUUUUGGUCUCAUAAUAAAAAAUAACCUUUAAGUUGAGGAAAUAUCUAGCAAUAUUUAUAUGUUAAUGGAAUAUCUAUGUGUUUCAGCUAAAUAACUUAACAGUUUCUUUUGGGCUUUUCUUUCUUUUCUUUUCUUUUUUUUUUUUUUUUGAGUGGGUGGGCUCGUUUGUGGAUCAAAAACAAACAGGAAAAGCAGUUAAUAGUUUUUUUUGUUUUGUUUUUGUCUUUGCUUUUUUUUGUGCAACUAUAAUUCAUAAGUAUGUGUUUCAUAAAAUAAAAGAUCUGAUUAAUUUCUAUUACUGAAACGUAAGUACAAAAUAUUUUCUAUUCUUAACCUACUUGAUAUAUCAUGCUGCUAUAUUGUUUAUUUAAGCUUCUUUUAUGAUGAGCAAUUUAAGUGUUAUUUUGAUUGUUUGUUUUUUUAGGGGUGGUAAUGUUCUAAAUGCAAGAUA